AUGGCUGAAAAUCUAGCUGCUAAUUUUACUGUAUCUGAUUUACCUUCCGUAAAAUUUUAUGAAACGUUGGAAAAAGAUUCUAUGCAAUUACAAUAUAAGGUUCCAAUAUUCUGUAGAGGUUUUCAUGCCAUGUACGACAAAGAAUUAAAAAUUAAAAACCUUUGCUCGAAAUAUGUAACUUAUUUAAACAAACGAGACAGUAUAUUGCGUAAAUAUACAAACAAACAUGAUUACUGUAAUCUCAUAAGCUACUGGGUAUCAAAUGAGCUAUUAGAAACUCAUAAAGUUAAUCAAAAUGAUAGUAUUAGCGCAUUCAAACAAAUGGAGCUUAUGUGGAAAGCUUUAUUUAGACAACAGCGUAAAGAUAAUUCUUACGUAUGUGUACCUUAUAAUUCUAUUAUUAAUUUCUACGAUGAUUGGAAAAAUUCGAAAAUUCUAUAUGAUUACUACAUCGAUUUUGAUGUCCUUAAUAAAAUGACUUAUAAUUGUGCUGGAAAGUGCCAUGAAAUAUGCUAUUAUCUGGAAGCCAUAAAUACGAUAUAUAAAAGUUUUAAUGAAAUUUGUACUUCUAAUGUAACAAAUAAAUGUCCGAUUAGUAUUAUGGAUUAUAAUGCACGGAAUCCAUUACCAUUAUUAGGUAAGUAUAAAUGUCGUACGGAGCAUAAGGAUUUAGAUAUGGAUGAAGCACAAGCACGUCUAGAAGAAACAGAAGGGAACACUGACACUGAAUUGAUUCCUGAAACAGAAGGUAUCAUUGACACAGAAUUGAACUCUGAAAGAGAAUUACCUUCCUAUACUCCAUCAAUUACAAUGAGUUCUGAGGGAACAUCAGAAUUAUUAAUUGAUGAAUCGAAUCAUAUAAGUAAAUUUGGUAAUACUCUUUUAGG